CUGAUGGGCGCGGGAGCGAAACCCGUGCAGUCAUCGUCGGGAGAUGUAGGAAACAUCUUGAGUGUUUGAGGCUAAGUGGAGACCUUGGCGACAGCUCGAGAUGAAAAGACCUGCAAUUCGAGAAAGCUCUGAAUAGCCUCCAGUGCCUCUAGCUUGCUCACUAGGGGGUUUCCUUGUGUAUGUAGCAAGCGGACCGGAUGCUGCCUAAAACGACUUGAAUGUGUGGUCAGAACGACCACGUCUCCUGAAACGUUGCUGUUGAUUACGAUAGGCGUCAACACGACACUGCCGAGUACGGGAGGUCCUUCUGUGAAGAACUCCUGGUGCCGAUCGAGUCGCGUGCCAUUCCAUACCAAUUUCUCCUUGUAGUCUGCGAUUCCAAAUGCCUUCGGAAUCAAACAUAUAUCAUUCUUUUCCGACGGAACUGUCUGCUUUCCUUCUUCAGCGAAUGCUGUGCUCCUUAGUCACAAAUUUAAAGUGAACUAAACCGGGCACUGGACGUCUGUGACAUGAGCUAACGCCAUGAUGAAGACGCUGGCUUUCCUUCUUCAGCUCCUCAGCGGAGCCAACCUCCUUCUGCAUGAUGGCCACAUUGCCACCGUGUUGUGUUCGCAGUCUCCGCCAGCAGCCGUCUCCACCACACCAGUUCUCUUGCAGAAUGCGCCUGAUGUCGAAGAACAAGUGUCUAUUCAUGAAGGGCCCUUGCUUUCCCGGGCCCGGGACACCUUGCGAAACGUAUGGAAGAGUCGCGUCUCCAAACUGCCAAGGGCUAAGCUUGUGACAGUGGCUGCCGUCUUCGUCGCGGUAGCUGCUGCCCUCGCGUCCUGGAUCCGUCGAUGUGCUGGCACUCGUUCUCGACUGGCGACUGUCCGUGAAAGCACAAACUUGCGGCGCCUUAUGGCUAGUGGCGGGAGUGGCGAAGGGCCAGGUGACGGAGAAGACGACGAAUGCAGUGCUGCGCCGGAGACCAGCGGUCUUUGGUUGUUCUAUGUCUUCCUCAGCCAGGAGGGAAACAAGUAAGUCAGCGAGGUCUGAUGACUUGCUGCACACCGGCGUGAGCGAUGGAAGCUUCCAUCAGCUGUCAAAAGCCCGUUGCCGGAAUGGUAGGUCUCUGCACCGUCAGUAGUGGCGUGUGGUGUUCAUUGCGUCUUGCUCUCACCACACGACGCCGUUUGCAUGCAUCAUGGGAUGUGUUUUUGAGAUGGCCCUCCCAUUUGAGAAUGCACAAGCAUCCCUUUCCAUCGCACCACUUGCAAACCGAAUCUGUGCUAGUGGAGAUAAGGCGCCGCAACUGUGUGUGAUGUUUGGAGGUACUAUUUGCUGGCACUUACAUCGGUUGCAACCCCUCGCUUCUCGACGCGUUAACGAUUCUUGGGCGGCAAAUCGUCUGUGGGGCAACCUGCAAAAGCAGAUGUGUAUCGUUGGUAAUGAUGUGCCGCUGGGGGCGCACCCACUGCCGAUAUCGACAUUCAACAGAAGGUAAUGUCUUGAGAUUUUGGAAAACACUUGAGCGCUGUAAUUACGUUGUCGCUCCGCCUGUCCCACUGGUAGACUUCACUGGCAGUGGUGAGGCCUAUCGACCCUCUACUAGUAGGACGCUGACACAUACACGCGGAGGUUAUGGUGUUUCUAAAGACGCUUCUAUUUUAUAUAGGGUGCUAUUUGGCCUCAACAGUAGGCGCCAGGUGAAGCUUGGUCAAGGCCAUACUCGUUGCUCAGAUUGCUACUGAUGACUCACGAAUGCCAAUUAAUUCUUUCAGAUGGUAGGCUGGCCGUCUAAGCAAGGCAUAUGUUUCAGCAAGUAACAAAAACAUUUUUCCGCCCUGCCAUAUGCCGCUUCACCGGUUGUAUGGUGGGACAGAGAUAGCGUCACUAGUUUAUGACGUACCGGAAGGGGGCCGUACUGGAGGCUUCCUGUAAUCGGG